AUGGUCCCAUCCUGGUGGAUGCCAACGGAUUGCGCGAACCAGGCACCUGCGCCUCCACAGCAGCAGGUUUUGAAACUGCAAGAGCUCCUUCGAUUCGAAAACUCCCUGGAGCUUUGGCAGCCCAAAGCGGAUGCCUCGCAGCAAGUCUGGCUCCAGGCAAGCAGCAACCUGGCGGACGUCUCCCCCCAGAUCGAGAACGGCCAAAUAGGAGUUCCAGAGCAGGCGUGGGAAGCAGCCGAGGAUGUGGAGGAGAUACUCUCCUCCACUGUGGUGCAGAACGCAGAACAAUGCGCAUGGAAGGGGGAAGCAGGGUGGCUGGAGCAGCGGCAUUUCUUGGGUUUGCCGUCUUCGAUUCUUGGGUCGAAGGCCUACGAACUGACUUAUUCGCGUGCUAUUAUGAGAACUGUUUGGGCCGUUGGCAAGCUGGGACUAAAAGGUCGGGAUGUCCAGGGCAUCAUCGCUGUGCUCGCCGAAACUUCACAGCCCAUACUGACUCAGUUUUCGUGCCAAGAGCUCUCCAACACUUUGUGGGGGCUCGCCAGGCUGAGCGAGAGCAUGCAAGGUCUGAAGCCGGAAGGAAUUCGGCUCGCCUACACUGUCAUGGCGCAAGGCGUGUCACGGCUCUCGCAGUUCAGCACACAGUGCCUCACCAACAGCCUCUGGGCAGUUGCCAAGCUGGGGCUGCGCGGCGAGGAAGUGCGAGAUUUUUCCAACCAGUGCCUGAGCCAAAUUCACUUGGUGCUGUUCAAGGUCGUGGGGCGCUUUUGCAUCGAUGCAGCAAGGCGUGCGAUGGCUUCCGAAGACCUGCUGAAGCUCUUCUUUCCACAGGCCUCAGUUGUUUGGAGAGUGCUGUUCGGUGCAGAGCCCGAAAUUGCGGACUGGUCCAACGGAGCUCUCCAUGGCACUCUGGGCCAUGGCGAAGCUGAUUGGCCGAAGGGCUCGUGCCAACAAGACCAGCGACGCUUUCGAGGCGGUGUCAAGGCUCCGCAGCCAGGGUUGCUCGAGACCUGGAGUCUUUCCACAAUGGUUAUGAUGUUCUACGAUCCGAUAGUAGGGUUUAGGGUUUAG